AUUAAAGAAUUUACACUGAUAACUAUAAUAUCACAUCACAGUUGGAAUUGGGGUUGCAGAUAACGAAGCACGGCCUUGCCGGAGUCGCACUGAACCCAACUUACAGCCGUAAAACGCUAAAUCUCGCCGGAAAAUCAGCCGGAAUUGGUCGCCGCCAGCCCUUAACAGCGAGAAAAUCCGUCCAGGUUUGAAUCUGUUAUGAUCAACUAACAAAGAUUUGAAUCUCAAAUGACGAUUCUUUCUCUGUUGCCAACAAACUAUUCAGGUUUCCUUCAUCAAGGUACUCCUUUUCUUCAAUCAAAGUUUCCAACGAGAAUUGGUUAUCAUCACAGAGAUGGUUCCGUUACACCACAAAUGAUUUGUAAAGCCAACAGAACACAAAAAUAUUCAAACAAUAUUAGCACCAAGUCUGCGACGUUUGCUUCAAAAAAUGACCAGCAGUAUAUAAGCUAUGAUGAUUCGCCCGAGGAGCCCAUUUUGCUAACAUUGAUCAAAGAAUCCUUAUGGGCUUUAAAGUCUUUAUUUGUGUUUUUAAUCGAGCAACCUAGUCAACUGAAGUAUAUAGAGUGGCCAAGCUUUAGUAAUACGCUGAGGACCGCGACACUGACUCUUGUUAUUGUGGCGUUUCUUCUUGUUGCAUUGUCGUCUGUUGAUUCGGCUCUCAGCUACCUUUUGAAUUUAGCUCUUCGGAAAAGCACAUAACAGUGCAGUAUUGCUCAUGUUACCAUUACUAUCUAUUCAAGUAGCUCUUAUCGAAGCCGUGGAUUCAGGUGAGGAAAUUGGUUGCAUUGCAUGGAAUCUUGGUAACAUAAUUUCAUGCAUAGAAACUGUAUAUUGAAAUACAUAUUUGAGGAUUAUAAGUUUGAAGUGUAAAAAAUCGGUUGUAUUAAACUGAAAAAUCAAUUAAGUUCCGCAUCGAUUAGUGUGUGUGUGUGUGAAAAAAUAGAACUUGAGAGUUAUUAUUCAUAUGAAUAGUACUCCCUCCGUUUCUUUUUAAGUGUCGUUUUAGCAUAAAGCUCUCCAACCAAGAUAAAUGAAUUGUUAUAAUUUUUUUCCCA